CCAUCUGGUUGGUUUCCAAGGUUUAUUGCUGCUGAUAACCGCGAAGAUUUGUAUGCCCUUGUGUGUUUCCAGUUGUUCCUGAACGUUUCCCUAGCUGGUUGUUUCUUUUUGAGUAACUGCCCCUGUUUGUCGUGCCUUGCAGAGGAGCUGUACGUUUCUGAACGAGAGGGCAACGAUUCCACUGGCGAUGGGACACAAAAGAAACCCUUCAAGACCGUUUUGAAGGCUCUGAUGACGGCAGGAAAGGAGCCGUUUCCUACGAUCUACGUGGAUUCACAAAAAGAAAACGAGAGAUGGGCCAUUAUUUCAAAGUCACAGAUGAAAAACGUCAAAAAGCUGUGGCACAGGGAGCAAAUGAAGAAUGAAGCCAAGGAGAAAAAGGAGGCAGAAGACCUUUUGAGAAGAGAGAAGAACCUGGAGGAAGCCAAGAAAGUUGUUAUCAAGAACGAUCCUAGUCUUCCAGAGCCCAAAUGUGUGAAGAUUGAUGCUCUGAAGGCUUACAGAGGCCAGAGGGUGAAGAUUUUUGGCUGGAUUCACAGAUUACGGAGACAAGGAAAAAAUUUGAUGUUCAUUGUUUUGAGAGAUGGCACGGGUUUUCUUCAGUGUGUCCUGUCAGAUGAGCUGUGCCAGUGCUACAACGGGCUGGUUCUCUCCACGGAGAGCAGCGUUGCGGUGUACGGGACGCUCAACCUCGUUCCCGAAGGCAAGCAGGCCCCGGGAGGCCACGAGCUGAACUGUGAUUACUGGGAGCUUAUUGGUCUGGCCCCAGCAGGAGGGGCUGACAAUCUGCUCAAUGAGGACUCGGAGGUCGAUGUGCAACUCAAUAACAGGCACAUGAUGAUUCGAGGGGAGAACAUGUCCAAAAUCUUCAAGGUGCGCUCCAUGGUGGUGCAGGCCUUCAGGGAUCACUUCUUUGCCAAUGGCUAUUAUGAAGUCACACCACCCACUUUAGUCCAGACGCAGGUGGAAGGAGGCUCAACCCUGUUCAAGCUGGAUUAUUUUGGGGAAGAAGCAUACUUGACCCAGUCGUCCCAGCUCUACCUGGAGACCUGCAUUCCAGCCCUGGGAGACGUUUUCUGUGUUGCUCAGUCCUACAGAGCUGAGCAGUCCAGGACCCGCAGGCACUUGGCAGAAUACACUCACAUUGAAGCCGAAUGUCCUUUCAUCAGUUUUGAGGAUUUGCUGGACCGCCUGGAGAACUUGGUUUGUGAUGUAGUGGACAGAGUCCUGAAAUCUCCUGCGUCGAGCUUGCUGUACGACCUCAACCCGGGCUUCCAGCCCCCGAAACGUCCGUUCCGACGAAUGAACUACUCUGAAGCCAUCGAGUGGUUAAAGGAACACGAUGUGAAGAAGGAAGAUGGCACUUACUAUGAGUUUGGGGAAGAUAUCCCUGAAGCUCCCGAGAGGCUGAUGACAGACACCAUUAACGAGCCAAUCCUGUUGUGCCGAUUUCCCGCAGAGAUCAAGUCUUUCUACAUGCAGCGCUGCCGUGAGGAUGCCCGCCUUACCGAGUCUGUUGACGUGCUGAUGCCCAACGUUGGUGAAAUCGUUGGAGGCUCCAUGCGUACCUGGGACAGCGAGGAGCUACUGGAGGGCUACAGGAGAGAGGGCAUCGAUCCCACGCCGUACUACUGGUACACUGACCAGCGGAAGUACGGCACGUGCCCUCACGGUGGCUAUGGCUUGGGCUUAGAGCGGUUCCUGACCUGGAUUCUGAACAGACACCACAUCCGGGACGUGUGUCUGUACCCACGCUUCGUGCAGCGCUGCAAGCCUUAGCGUCCCCGGGAGGAGAGCCCAGGAAACCAGCAGCCGGGGCUUGGCCAGGAACCCUACGCUCUGCUGUCCCACGGCCUGGCCCAGAACAAGACCUAGUGCAACCUGUUGCUGAUACAAAUACUAAUUUAGGAUGUGAAAAGGAAAACAAACCCCUUUUUUAAAGGAAAACGCUACCAAUUAACUGGAAGAAGCCUUAGAAAAAAUUGUUAGGUGCAUUUAUGCUCUCAGCAUAAAACAAAGAUCCUGAUAAGCUGUCAUUUAAAAAACAAGACCCGCUUCUGCUUUUAAUUUCUGUGACUUAAAAGAAAAUAUGCUGGGCAUUUGAUUAUUUUUUUAAUUUGCUUUAAUCGGUUUUCUCUUACGGUUUCCUAUUGGAGAAAUCGGGAGUUGAAGCUCUGUAAAUUCCUAAAUAGUGACCUCUGAGAAUGGUAUGAAGAGACAUUAUCUAAAUAGCUCAGCAAACAACAAAAAUGGGAAUAAUCAUAUUAAGCGCUGCACUUUUUUAGCUCCUGUUUUUAAUGGAAGUUCCGUUGGCAUUUAUGCAGCAGCAGGGUAUGGAGUAUUGAGCAGCAGUUUCCGCUGCAGGAGAGGUGGGUGGGUUGGGUUGGGUUUGGUUUUCCCCAUUAUUUAUUGGUUAGAAAGGCUGAGGUGGCGGUGAGGUAGCUUUGCUGCUGUUCCUGGUGCCUGUGGACAAGCACUACGGUGGGUCUGUGCACACCCAGCCCGUGCUCACUUGCAGCAGGAGAGGACAUGUUCUCAGAGCAUCUGUCAGCUCGUGGACAUGGGGGUGUUUGUGGUGCCUUCCCAGUGAAGGUCCUGCCAUCUCCAGCAAACCAGAACUCGCUGAUGGAAGGCCCAGAGGAACUGGUGACUUUGCAGUACAGCUGGAUUUUGGCGCUGUGUGCUGACUGAGCUCUCUUCUCCAGGUGAGCUGGAGUUCAGCAGGACUUUCCCACUGAAGUAUGUUUUUGUAGUAGAGCAGUUCCACCUUUCCUUGCUAGCUCCCUGUUCUCUUGUGCUCCUGCAUCCGAGCGGAUUUUCUGGCUGUAAUCAAGUUAGCAGGCAGGUUUAAUUAAAUAUUUAAUGUGUUGAGUCAUCUGUGUGCUUUUUAGUCAGAAAAUAUGCAAUUCCUUUUACUAGAGAGAAAAAAAAACAACUGGUAAAUUGGUAGGUGCAUCAUUUGCUACCAGGACUGAGGCUUGAUCUGGAUUUGCCGUUCAUAGAAUCGUUGAGCUGUGUGAUACCCAUAUUUUUGUAAUAAACCACUGGUUUUCUUCAUCUUGCAUGUUAGAUAUCUACACUGAUCUAAAUCAGCAACCAAUAAAUUAUGGCAACAUGA